AAUUCGAAAACUCUAACUUUUUCUGAAAUAAAACAUCUAAAACGUCCAAUCAAUGAAAUUGUACACGACUUAAUCCAAAGGGGAACUGGUUCUGUUGACUUUAAACCCUUUAAACUUAUCGAUGAUCUUUACAUAACAUGUAUGAGAAACGAACUUCAAAACAAUUAUUCAUUAUUGCUAGUGUAGGAAUUAUUUUUUCUGCUUUUCUGACGAAUACUUCAGCCGCUGUUAUCAGUGAUAUACAAAAUCAUGAAGUUACGAAGAAAUGUACAAGCAGUGAAGUUUGUAACAAAGAUUAUUUAGAAGCUGUCGAACGAGUUAAAAAUAAUUUAGACACAAGGGUAAAUCCCUGUGAAAAUUUUUACCAAUUUGUUUGUGGUAAAUCUAAACCCUUCGAUCUCUCCGAAAAAAAGGGACUGGAAGAACAUCCAGUUAACAAACGUGUACAAGAUUUAAUUAAAAAAGGAACUGGUUUGGUAAACUUUAAACCUUUCAAACUUAUCGAUGACCUUUACAAAACGUGCAUGAGUAACCAAGCUAUUGGACAGCAAGCUUUAGAUCUUCUGCGUGAUAUUAUUAAAAAAUUAGGCAACUGGUCUCUCUUGGAAGGAAAAAAUUGGAAGGAAUCAGAUUUUGAUUGGAUUGAGUUUACUAUUGAGACGAAAAAAAUUGGAUUAAAUUUCAAUAACUUUUUAGAUUUUGAAACGUUGCUUUAUCCGGAAAAACAUAAUUUAUUAUUGAAAUAUCAAAUUCAUAUUCCACCUCAAGAAUUUAAAAGAAAUAUUUCAAGUUCUUCAGAUCCUUUGAUUAUUGCUUACAGAAAUUAUAUUACAAAAGUGUCUGCACUGCUGUACAAACAAGGAUCUGCAGAAAAAAUUAAUGAAAUCAUUGAAUUUGAACGGAAAAUAUCAGAAAUUCAUUUAUGUAAUCCUACAAAUAAUCAAUCAGCAGAAACAACUUUAGAAAAAUUGAAUAAGAAAUUUCCAUUAGUAAAUUGGCAUAAAUUAAUUGACAGUGUUAUCUUACGUAACCUCAAAACUCCAGUAAAAAUUUCAGAAAUAACUUUGAUAGAACCUUCUACACUCUCGGACUUCAUUAAACUCUUAGAAAAAACUCCAAAACGUGUCCAAGCAAAUUACGCCUUGUGGAAAGUAAUUCAAAGUGCAAUUUCCUAUUUGACGGAAGAAUAUCGUGAGCUAAAACGCGAAUAUUGUCUGACCCAGAACUGCAAGAACACGACGCGCGCGCUCUCUUGCGUUGGCGUCAUUAAAAGAUAUCUAGGACCCGCUGUUAAUUUAUUGUACGCUAAAAAUUACUACAGCAGUGAAAUCGACAAGAUUAUUACAGAUAUGAUCACAAAUAUAAAAGGUGGAUUCAUAGAGGCUGUUUUGAAUACAGUUAUUCGAAUAGAAGAGCUGAGAAAGAGCCAGAUUGAGAUGAUUUCAAAUAUAAAAUUCGUAAUUGGCUAUGCGGAAAAAGAUAAAAGUGACCAAGACUUCGUUAAAUAUUAUGAAAAUCUCGAAAUUGACACGAGUAAUUAUUUCCAGACAUUGUUAAAUUUAGAACUGUUUGACGUUGAAAGUAAAUUUGACAAUGUUACAAGUUUGGGCGCUAAAAAUUUGAUUGAUCCAGUAGAAACUUUACAUCCUGUCAGUACUUUAGGAAGAAUUGAUAUACCAAUGGCAAUGCUACAAAAUUUCGUUUUUGACAUUAAUUAUCCAAUGUACAUGAAUUACGCUUACGUUGGUUCUGCGAUUAUGAAAGAAGUAGAAAAUAUUACGAAUGUGAGUAUAAGAAGAAGCAAAAUGACUAAUGAAAAAAUUUACAGUAAAAAAAUUUUGAGCCCAGUUAACAAAACUGACAACUCGAAUCAGAGUAAUGGUAUAAAAAAAAUUGAUGAUGAGGUGAAACCUAUAAGUCACUGGUCACAUAGCAAUCACACUUAUGAAGAAAUACGAGAUCACUUGCUGUCAUAUCCUACACAAUCAGCAGUAUCCAAAAUAGUAGUUUAUAAAAUGUCUUACCUGGCUUACCAACAAUGGGUUACUAAAAAUGGAAUCGAACAUACGUUACCAGAGUUGCCCUAUACGAAUAAUCAAUUGUUUUGGAUUCAUAUGUUGCAAAGUGCAUGCGAAGGUCCUUCCCACGAAUUGAAAUUUAUUUAUGAUAAAUAUACGGUUUCAGAAAUUUUUUUGAUGAAAAUUCUAACGGAAUUCCCAAAAUUUAUUGACGAUUUCAAAUGUCCGAAUGAUUAUUAUAACAAUAAUACAAUUCUUAGAUAUUAUAAUUUCCUUUCUGUAAGUUUCAUUCAUUUCUACCGUCAAGAAUCAUCAUAGAAGUGAAAAUUUCGCAAUGCGGACUAAUAUCACAAUUUUUAAAAAAUUUCUAAUGUAUCUGAAAAUCAGAACGUUUUUCGCCGAACGAAAACGAAAAACAUUUAUGUGAUUUAUGUAUAUGUACCCUAAAAAAAAAUAUAUUUUAGGUCUACGGGGAUCUACAUAAUUCUAAAUAGAUCUUUUGAUAUACACGGACCUACAAUUAAAAAAAAAUUAAUCUAUUUUGACCUAACAAGAUCUCACUAGAUAAUUUUUUUCCUGGCAGUAAUGCUAUUUACUAAAAUUGUUUAAUCUUUUAAAAAUUUCAAUGAUUCAUGCUCUCGAAAAAAAAAAAAAAAUAAAAAAACAAUAAACAGCUUAGAGUAAUCUAAAAAUUUUUAAGCUAGAUCUCAACAAAAUAUAAAUUAUUUUCCCCACCCCUUUUAUUUAUACUAAUAUUUUGAAUAAUAUCAAAACUAGGGUGCUUCAUUUGAAACGAACAUUUUUUUUUUUUUAGAGGACACAAGAAAAUUUUGUUGUUUAUGUUGAGAGAAAAAUUCCCUGAAAAUUUCAGCUCUUAAUUUUAAUUUUAAAUACUUUCUAUCGAGCAUCAAAGUUUUCCCAUUUAAGAAGCAUGUAAGUCGAAUAACUUUUUUUUAAAAUUACUAUAACUUAGCCCGAUUUUAAGCUAUCGUUUUGAAACCAGUUUUUAUUUGUAGAGUAAUUGUUGCUUUUUAAAAGUGUAUGAAACGGAUUUGGUCUAACUUGAUCCAUGUCGAUUGUAUCAGCUCCGAAAGUCAAUUUUUCACUUUUUUCAUUUAUUUUUGUUAAUAGUGAAGAAACGGCUCAUCUUAAAAAAAAUAUGCAUAGGACCAAUCUUUUAGGAAAUUUUGUCUUCUACAAAAGUGCUUAUGACAUUUAUAUUGCUAAAGUGCACUGUUCAUGAGA